UUUCAAAUCAAAGUUUCAAGUACAUUCAGGUGCUGUAUCACAGCUGGAUUGUGUCGUUUGCAGUGGUGGUCACUAGGAGUGGUGAUCGGCGGCAAUCAUUAUCAGAACCGAGUAACCAUCUUACUAUUUUAAAUCUACAACUUUAACUUCUACGGAUGUUGUUAACUGGAUUGAAACUUCCUGGUCUGGCUUAAUAUGGUCUGAUCUAGUCUGAUUUAUUUAAAUAUAGUCUCAUGUGAUUUGGUAUAUUUGUUCUAUUUAUAUUCUACAAUCAUUAAAGGUUGGUCUGAUCUAGUUUGAUCUGAUAUGAUCUAGUCUACUCCAAUCUAGUUUGGGAGUGAAAGCAAUUAAGAACAUCUUAGAUUCAUUUUUCUUGAAGAAGGUAAAAGCAAAGCAUAAUUUCGGAGUUUUUACACACUUUGAAUUCUUAAUCUUUGUUUUGAGAUUGGAUUUAGGAGGAAUGAGUAAUAUGUAAACAUAAGAUAAGCCGGCACUUCUUGAUGAAAAGGAAAAAGUAUGAAUUGUUCGAACUUUUCAUCCUUCGUGUUCACAUGUAUAUAAAGAAUUGAAGGAAAGAAAACAUGAUGAACCCAACCCAGAAUAAAAUGGGGGCAAGCAAGGAAUGUAAAUGGCUGAAGGAGUCUGCAAGGAAGAAGUGCAUAGAAAUCCAUGACAUGGAUGCUGUCAAUUUGUCAAUUUUCCACCCUCCUAAAUUUCACACUUCCACUCUCCCUCAUUUCUUCUUCUUCAAAUGUACUCCACCUCCUUCUAUCCAAUAAAUAAAAUUCUUUUUACACUGUCAAAAUAUGAAUUGAAUGAGAUUAGUUUCAUCAUCAAGGAAAGUAAUUACUAUUAUAUACUGUAAGUAAGCAUCAAAGUUUCCUAGAUAUUGCAUUAAAGACAGGCAAGACAUCUUACUUUGCAUUAAUAUUAAGAGCUAGCUGUGCUUUUUUGAUUCUUAUCUGGUUAUCUCUGUCUUCUUCCCUUGCCACCUUCAACCUCUCCCACCCUCAUCAACACCCCUUUCCUGAUAUGGUAGCUCAAGAAGUUCAGAGGAGACUUCACGAAUCCGUGACGAGGAGAAGAGUCUUAGAGGCGACGACACAGACCCAGCCAUGCCUUACCGGAAACCCCAUAGAUGACUGCUGGAAAUGCGACCGCAACUGGGCAAACAACCGCCAGAGACUGGCGGAUUGCGGCAUUGGGUUCGGGAAAGCGGCGAUCGGCGGUAAAGGGGGGCAAUUCUACACCGUCUCCGACCCAUCGGACAACCCCUCGAAGCCGACGCAGGGAACUCUCCGCCACGCUGUGAUCCAGAACGAGCCGCUCUGGAUCAUAUUCGCGGCCGACAUGACCAUCAAACUCAAAGCGCAGCUGGUCUUCAAUAGCUUCAAGACCGUGGACGGUCGCGGAGCCGCCGUGCACGUCACCGGCAACGGCUGCAUCACCAUAAAAAAUGCGACGAACAUCAUCAUCCACAACAUCUUCGUGCAUGGCUGCCUUCCGUCGUCGAAUGAAAUCAUAUGCUCGACUCCCACAAAAUGUGGGAGUCGAGGCAGAGCGGAUGGUGACGGGAUCACCAUCCGUAGUUCGAGCCUAAUCUGGAUCGACCACUGCGAUUUGUCGAGUUGUACGGACGGCUUGCUUGAUGUCACCAGGGGAUCCACCGCCGUGACAAUAUCCAAUUGCUACUUUUCCCACCACGACAAGGUCAUGCUGCUCGGUCACACAAAUGGGUUCUUGGCUGAUUCCCAUAUGCAGGUGACAGUGGCCUUUAAUCACUUUGGAGAAGGAUGUGUGCAAAGAAUGCCAAGAUGUCGAAGAGGAUAUUUUCAUGUGGUGAACAAUGACUACACGGAAUGGAAAAUGUACGCGAUCGGCGGCAGUGAUAAUCCCACUAUCAACAGCCAAGGCAACCGCUUUAUCGCACCUAAUGAGGAUGAAUUCAAAGAGGUGACAAAGCGGAUAGAUACAAACAAAGACGAGUGGAAAGGAUGGAAUUGGAGGACACAGGGGGACAUGUUGGUCAACGGAGCGGUCUUCGUCCCAUCCGGCGACGGUCUGAGCAACGUCUUUACCCAAGCCUCCAGCCUCGACCCUCACUCUGUCCUUUUCAUGGACCAGCUCAUCACCCACGUCGGUGUCCUCCCUCUUCCCGCUGGGAAUAAUCCGACGCCUGUACCUUCUUCUGGUGGGACAAUACCCGUACCUUCUGAUGGCGGGGCAACGCCUAUACCCUAUGAUGGUGGGACAAUACCUGUACCUUCGGAUGGUGGGGCAACGCCUCUACCUUACGGUGGUGACGGUGGUGGGACAACGCCCGAAACCUAUGUUGGAGGAGGGACAACCAAUGUAGAAGACUACCACGAGGGUAGCGCAUCGUCUGCAGCAUUAUCUAGAGCUAUUGCAACCAAUCUUUUCUUGUUGUCUCUUCUAAUUAUCCUAAACAAUUUACCAUAACCACCAACCGUGGUUAAUUAUGGUUUCCGAUAAUUAAUGGAAAAAAAUAACAAAAUAAAUAUGUAUCAUGCAUGUCCCCACCUUACUCUACAUAAUUGAUUAUUGGAAUUGAUACUCAAAGCUAGAGACACUAAAAGCUAGGCUGGUCCUGAAUGUUUUAAUUGGAUGUAUGUCAUGUUACUAAGUGGAAAUGUGGAAUUUACAUUAGAUUAUAUUUGAUUAGCAUAAAUAGUGGUGAAUCCGAACCCAACCUAUUAUUAUGUACAGAGUAACAAUUUUGAAAGGUACAG